CAUGCAACUGACGCACCUGUCAUCGAGCGACACGUAGUUUGUUAUUUCUAUCAAUUGAGAAGACAGAUGAAAUGUCUGUCUGUUGGAUAUGUCAGACCUUUACAAACUUUUCUCGCUUACCUUCGUUUUAAUUUGAGCCGAGAGCAACACAACAGAAAAACGGAGUGAUAUUUAGAAACGUUCUUUUAAGAUUAUAUAUCUUUAAACUUCUGGUUUAUAAACCAAUAUUUUCAUUUAAAAAAUAUAUAUAUUCAUAAACGUUUACUAAAGAAACAUCGUGUGCCCCUGUACAUAAAUAUAAAUAUAUAUUCAUAUAUAUAUAUAUAUGUAUAUAUAUAUAUGAAUAUAUAUUUAUAUGGAUAUAUAAAUGAUUAUGUAUGUAGCAUAUGUUUUCUGUAAUAUAUAUUGUAUGUAAAUAUCUAAAGUAGAUGACAGCUGCCGGUUAAAUCGUCGUUCUUCAGACCUCAUCUACCUUCGUUUUUAUCUUCCGUCCAUAUGUAUAAUUAAUUAAUUUCGUCUUGCUCAUUAACUUAAACCCUGGUCUUGUCCCCUAAGUAACCAGUACACCUCACUUCAACGGUCAUCUAAUGCCUUCAUCGGAAUUAGCAACUUGUAUUAUUAUUAUACGACAAUAACAACAGACUUUAUUAUAUUAAAACCAUGGCGUCUGCCUUGCUGGCCAGGACGGAAUUCCCGAUCUACACGAUCCGUGCUUUGGACGAAAACCACUUUUUGGUGGCAGGAGGUGGCGGAUCAUCGAAAACAGGAGUUCCCAACGCCUUCGAGAUCUAUGCUGUGAAAUGGGAUGAGGGUAACAUCAAGUCAAGCAGUUUGUCCUACCAUGACACAGGAAGCCAGGCUGUGAUGAACAGUGCCAUCUGUUCAGAUGGCAGGAACCACAAGUUAGCAGUUGGUCUUGAUGAUGAUUGUCAAGUUUUUUCUAUCAGGUACAAGGUUGUGGCAGCAAAAGAAGAUACAAAGAAAGAAUCCAGCACAAAUGAUGUUAGACAGCGGCGGACAAAACAGACUGACAACAAAGAAGAACCAGUAAAGAAUGGGCCACAGAAAAUGGUAAAUUUUGACAUUGAGAAGAUCAGCAAAUUCCAGAACUCUACCAAAGUUUCGGAUCAUUUCCAGAAAGUGGUGAAAUUUAGUCCAGAUGGUAAUCUACUCUACACAGGUUCCGAUAAUGGCAUUUUGAGAUGUUGGAUGCAUCAGGAAUCAAAAAAAAUCUUUGAAGUCAGCGCCCACUCAUCAGACAUAGAUGACUUGGCCGUUAGUCCUUCAGGGAAGUGGGUUGUGACAGUGUCCAAAGACAAUUUAGGAAUCGUAUGGAAUGCAAAAACUGGUAAAAAACACACGAAAUUAAACUGGCCUUGCAAGACCAAAGAGCAGUAUAGGUUUCGAUGUUGUGAAUUUGGUUGUGUCGAGGGAAAUAAAAACAAAUACAACCUUUACACAUUAAACAUCCCAAGUCGGAGAGCCAUCAAACCAAUUCCUUGCUACAUUGCCAAGUGGGAUGGCACCGAGUUCAGCGCCAAAAUAAAGAAGACGGGGACCGAGGUUUUAUCAGCUCUUUCAGUCAGUGAUGACGGCGAUUACCUGGGGGUUGGCAGUAUUUCAGGCAGCAUCAGUGUUUACAUCUCUUUUAGUCUCCAGAGAUUAUACCACGUCCAAGAAUCCCACAGAAUAUUCAUCACCGGUGUUGAAUUCCUACCAGUUUCUAAAUCAAUGCGUGCUGUGACCGGUGCCCAUGAUUUCCAGCUCCUUAGUAUUUCCCCUGACCACAUCGUACAGAUACACAAACCACAUACAGGUUACUACGUACGAAUGGAAACUGGAUUAGUAAUUAUCGUAUUCGGCACCAUUCUGAUAUUGGCUGCAUUAGUGUUGCUGUUGGAUCAACUUGGAUUGAUCAGCUGAAAGAAAAUAUGGAACUUCGAAAGGAACAGCUGACUUUACCUGACAGAAUUACUACUCAAAGACAAGAUUCUUUAUUUGUGUGCCUUUGGUCUAAUGGUUCACACAGCUCAUCAUACAAUGGUGAUAAAUUCAAGAAGGCAUCAUAUCCUACAGGUAAAACUGUAAGAUAUAGAUUUCAUAAUUAACUCCCACCCCUCAAAGCAGUUGACCUCAGUUAUAUCAGAGAUGAUGUCAAAUUUAAAAAAUACCCCAAAUUGUGAGCCCCCACCCCCUUCUCUUUUGAACACUCUUUAAGUUUUAACAUGAAGUUUUAAACUAUGAAAUUCCUUUAUAUUGAGUCUGUGUGUGUGUGUGUGUGUUAUCAUGUACAGACUAUACUAAUAUUUACAUAAAUUAUGUUAAUAUGUCUUACAUAAAUUAUGUUUAUGUGUACAUAUAUAUAUAUAUUUGCAUAAGGAAGUUAUUUCUCUCAAUGUCAAAUACUUGGAUUGUCUGUUACCAUCUUCCCUCCAAUUCUAACUGUUGUUUUACACACAAAAACCCCAUUUUUCUUUUUGUUUCUUGUAAUUAAUGUUAUUAAAACAAAACCUGACAUAUUGCCCUUA